CCUGUAAGUGGGAGUGCCCAUCGUCAGGAUGAAAUGUUCCUUCCUCUGAUCCAGAGUAGUAGAGUCUGUUGAAGAAUUCGAUUGGGAAUAAUUUAAUCAACAUUCCCAGGACUCCCAGCAUGCAGCCUAUAACGUCGUGGAGCAAGGAGAGAGUGAGCGAAUGGCUCAAAGGUCUGGACGCUCCUCUCCAGCAGUACCCCUUCAAAGAGUGGAGGGUGACGGGGUUGGACCUGCUGCAGCUCUCCUCCCAGGACCUGGAGCAGCUGGGCGUUCACAAGACCAGCCACCAGGAGCUCAUCCUGGAGGCUGUGGAGAAGCUCUGCUCCCUGACAUACGGUAUGGGAGGGGAGACCCUGCGCAGUCUGACAGAGAACCUGUGCGUGGUGGCCCACUCCCUGAUCAUGGGCAUCCAGAUCCGCUGGAGGGUAAACACCUAUGAUGGGCAGAGCGCCACCAAGCUGCCAGCCAGUGUACUGCAGGUGGUGCUGGAGCUCAUCACCUCCGCAAAGGGCCUCUUCUCCCUGCUCAACAGGUACCAGUUUGCCCAGCUGAGUGGUUACACGUCCAGUAGGAACAUCAUCACCUACUGUAAAGACCUGGGGACCGCAGUACACAAGGAUUCCACAGUUUACGAGAAAGAAAAAGACAUCAUCUCCAUCUGUCGUCAGUUGGUGGCGGUGUGUGAUGAGAUUCUGUACUGCAGUCCAGAGGUGGUCCUUACCCACACUGCCCAGCUGGAGAGGGUUGACCUGGUGCCUGUCUUCGACGGCGAUCACCUGUCACCCUCGGACUUCUGUGACAAGAUAUUAGCUGGGGACGAGGUGAUCCAAGUUGAUGACCAAAUAGUGGUUGGCUGGAGCAGGAAUAUUGACCUGUUGAAGAAACUACAGGAGAACCCCAGUGGGGUGACCCUGGUCCUCAAGAAGGUCCCCCAUGGUGUCCCUGAAUCACAAAGACACACCCCAACAGCCCCCUGCCCAAAGGAAGAAGAAGAAGAAGAGGAGGAAGAGGGCAAUCAGAGAUUCUCCGUAUUGGAGAGAGUAGCAGCCUCGGUUAGGUCCCUUUCAUUCAGGGCAGCGGUUCAGGGGCCAGUGGUGAGCCAGCACAUGGGCCAGGAGGAGUCGGAGCUGUCCAAUGACAGGGGAUUGGACAGCAGCCAGACGUACACCUCACACCCCCACCACCAGGGGGAGCUCUCAUACCUGUCUGCAGGAGAGACCAAUAGCUUGAAGGGGUCCAGGUUCAGCACCAGGCCCAGGGGAGAGGGCUCUGCGCCCCCCAGUAGUCCGUCCCCCCGGGUACUAGAGCUAGCCAGAGCUAGCGUCAGUUCCUGCCCUGAGAUGGGCGGACACGGGGAGGAUAAAGAACCAAAAAAGAUGUCUACAAAAGGUAAGAAUAAAGCGAUGAGCAGGCGCCGUGUGUCGUGUCGUGAUCUGGUUCAGCCCGACUGUGAUGGCUGGCUGUGGAAGAAGAGGAAGGAGAGCAGCGUGUUCAUGACCCAGAAAUGGCAGCGCUUCUGGUUCGUCCUCAAGGGCCCCACUCUCUACUGGUAUACCAGCCAGCAGGAGGAGAAAGCAGAAGGCCUGGUUCAUAUCUCCAGCUACAACAUAGAGAGUGCAGGAGAACACAAGAGGAAGUAUGUCUUCCAAAUGUGCCACCAGCGCUUCCAGACUUUCUUCUUUGCCGCCGAGAAUGUCAAUGACAUGACCAAGUGGAUCAACUGUCUGAUCACAGCCAUACAGAAACACAAGAAGUUCCACAAAGGACCACCGGACAACGAAGAGGAGUGCUACAGUGAGACGGAGUCAGAAGAUGAGGGGUCUUCUCCUUCACCACGCAGAAACAAGAUCUACACGAAAACUUUGUCCAACACACUGCCUCGGGCCAGGAAAGAGAAGGAGGAGAAAGAGAAAGAGAAGAAGAACAAGGUUCAUGUUCCCGCUCCACCCACAAGGCUCAGCAGAAGCCCAGGAGCUCCAGAGGAUGAGAUGGACGUGCUGUUCCACGGACUGAAGGAGGGCGGCGUGUCCCUGAUCGGCAGCAAGCAGCCACAGACCCAAGACCACUUCCGAAAGUCCUUCAUCCGGCGCAACAAGAACCCGGUCAUCAAUGAGAAGGCCCACACGCUCCGCGCGCUGCAGAGCACACUCAAGGAUAAAGAGGCAGAGCUCCAACUCAUCAACAAGGUGCUGGAGGACUCUGAGCUGACGUCCCAGAAGUACCGCCAGUGGAAAGAACAUAACAAAGACUUACACCUGGAGAUCGAGAAACUGGCUGUCCAAUGGGCUAAUGCCAAGACAAAGGACACGCCCCCUGGAUCGUCUCCUGGGGAAAUGGUGGAGGUGAUUGCCGUGGAAACAGAGGCCGCGUGUGGACUGAGCCUUGGCGACGGGGAGAUGCUGGUAGACGCGGAGCCAUCGUUGUCAAGUACGAUGAAGACAGCAGGCGACUUUGAUGUAGAGCCACAGUCAGAGCAGUCAGUGACUGCAGAGAGCAGCACAGACGACUCAGCUAGUCCUGCUAGCCGAGAUAAUUACUUCUACAUAUGAGACGCCACUGAACUGAUCUGAUGGUGGUUUCCCUACUUACCAUCAGAUAUGUAUGAUUAGUGCAUGGAGUUUUCAUCAACCAUAUGACCUAACCAGGGAAAACUCAUAGCUGUAGUUAUCGCUGUGAUUCAUGACUCUAUUUAUUGCUGUGAUACAUGCCUCUAGUUGUCGCUGUUGUUCAUUAAUCUAGUUAUUGCUGUGAUUCAUGACUCUCGUUAUCGCUGUGAUUCAUGACUAGUUAUCGCUGUGAUUCAUGACUCUAGUUAUCGCUGUGAUUCAUGACUCUAGUUAUCGCUGUGAUUCAUGACUCUUGUUAUCGCUGUGAUUCAUGACUCUAGUUAUCGCUGUGAUUCAUGACUCUCGUUAUCGCUGUGAUUCAUGACUCUAGUUAUCGCUGUGAUUCAUGACUCUAGUUAUCGCUGUGAUUCAUGACUCUAGUUAUCACUGUGAUUCAUGACUCUAGUUAUCACUGUGAUUCAUAACUCUAGUUAUCGCUGUGAUUCAUGACUCUAGUUAUCGCUGUGAUUCAUGACUCUAGUUAUCGCUGUGAUUCAUGACUCUAGAUAUCACUGUGAUUCAUAACUCUAGUUAUCGCUGUGAUUCAUGACUCUAGUUAUCGCUGUGAUUCAUGACUCUAGAUAUCACUGUGAUUCAUGACUCUAGUUAUCACUGUGAUUCAUGACUCUAGUUAUCGCUGUGAUUCAUAACUCUAGAUAUCGCUGUGAUUUCUUAUGGCGUUUUUCCUGGUCAGGUAAUGUGGUCAGGAUAAACACUGGGCCCUCAGGGGUUUUGUUUUAAAUAGUUUUUGAUUUGUUGAUGUAGGAGGUUGCCUUUCCAAGCCAAUUGUAUCACGCCAAACUUUCAGAAUUCAAGUUACGGUGUUCAUAUGACAAAAACUAUUUUUUCAAGUAUCUGUGUUGAUAUAU